GCAGUUGAAGUCUGAGUGCAGGCGCAACAAGUUGUAAUCGUUCAAUUGAGAAUGGCUGCAUUGAUACUUUUAGCCAUUGCCUUUAUCCUCCUGCUGAUUCCACGAAUUUUUAAAUGGACCAAGUUUCUGAUAGAGCGACGAAGGAUUAAUAAAGUCAUCAGUGUCAUACCAGGACCGCCGUCCUCAACACCUAUUGGGAAUACCCUUGAUUUCAUCGUCAGUCCAGUUGAACUGUGGAAAACUUUGCGUCGAUUUCACCGAGAAUACUAUCCAAUCUACAAAAUAACAACACCACGCUGGGUUGCAGUUUGUCUGUCUCAUCCCGACGACGCCGAGCUCCUCCUGUCCAGUCAGAAACACAUCUCAAAAGCAGCCAUCUACCAAUUCCUGCAUUCCUGGUUCGGCACGGGACUGUUAACGAGUACCGGACAAAAAUGGCAAACGAGAAGAAAAAUUCUGACCCCAGCUUUUCACUUUAAUAUUCUUCGAGAAUUUGUCGAGGUGUUCGAUCUAGAAGGUCAUCGCAUGGUGGAAAAUCUGCGAUCGAUUGGGGGGGAGACUACUGUUGAUCUUGUUAGUUUCGCCGCGAAGUACACACUGAACACGAUAUGCGGCAUUUUCAUCCUCUUUUCGCUGAGAAUUCGCGAAACAAAAUUUUCUUCAGAAACAGCCAUGGGUACUUCUCUAGUCCGCAUGGAGGCGUCUUCCGAUAAUUUCCAGAAGACGUACAGAAAUGCCGUCCAAACGUUGGGACAUAUUCUUCUUCAUAGACUUCUUCGUCCGUGGCUGCACAGUGACUUCAUAUUUUCCCUUACGAAAUCAGGAAAAAUUCAUGACAAAUGUCUCAAUAUUAUCCGUGGAUUCUCUAAAAAAAUUAUCAGAGAACGCCAACAGUACCACGAAGAGACAAAUAAUGUCCUACUGAAGCAACUCCAACAGGAUGACUCCGUACUAAACAUUAAUUUUGAAAAAUCAAAAAAGAGACUUGCCAUGCUUGACCUGUUGAUAGCAGCGAUGAAAACCCAUCAGAAUAUCGAUGAAGACGGUAUCUGGGAGGAAGUCGAUACUUUUAUGUUCGAGGGUCACGAUACAACGGCCAUGGGGAUUACUUUUACUCUCCUACUGCUCGCAGAGCACAAGGAUUCUCAAGAAAUGGCGAGGAAUGAAGUGGAUGCUGUGAUGAGGGAUUGCGAUGGAAAAAUGGGAAUUCACGAAAUGCCGCAGUUGCCGUAUCUCGAGAGGUGCAUCAAAGAGGCUCUGAGGCUCUACCCAAGUGUGCCCUUUAUUUCCAGAAGUCUUGACGAUGAUUUACACUUGAAGAAUUUUACGAUCCCUGCAGGGGCGAUGGCCCACCUCUACAUUUACGACCUCCACAGGGACGCAAAUUUUUGGCCAGACCCAGAACGCUUUGACCCGGACAGAUUCCUCCCGGAGAACAGCAUCGGUCGUCACCCUUACCAAUACAUUCCCUUCAGCGCAGGGCCACGGAACUGCAUCGGCCAGAAAUUUGCCCUGAUGGAACUAAAGACCCUCAUAGGACAUCUACUAUACAAUUUUUACCUCGAACCAGUGGAUCUUGCUCACCAGAUCCAAAUGCUUCCGGACCUCGUCCUUAGGCCACAAGGCGCAGCAAGAGUUAAGUUCAUUCCAAGAUAAAUGGAUCGAUAACAGAGGAAUAAAGCGUAUAAAUAUAGAUGCAUUUUCUAAAUUCCCUAUUUCUCGCCGCGCACGUAACCUUUAAGAGAGGGCGCCAUGGGGGAAUCCCCGCACUCUUUCGACCCAUCAUACUGAAAUUUUUUUAUUCCGUUGAAUAAUCAUUGAGGAAAAAUACUAAGGUGAUAAAUUUAUGGUGGGAAAAGGUGUUUAUCUCCCAUGUAAAUACGACAUCAGUAUCAAAUUCACAACAGACUCUGUAUUUCUUACACAUUUGUUUACAUCAGACUACUCUCCUGCUUCAUUUUCCACCUUAAAUUUCCACUGCUCAUGUAUCGCAAGUUUUCAUCCAUCAGAAAAUUACAAUGUUGGAUUUUCUUACGGGUAUUCUUCAAUCCAAGCUCACAUACACCUCCAAUUCUCGAAUACGCUUACUGUCUAUUUUCUAGCCCCUCUUUUAACAAAUUUUGUUUUUUUUUUUGCACGAGUAUUACAACAUUCACUGUUCGAUAUCUGAUGACAAAUUUUUAUCUACAAAAAUACAAUCAAAUAUGGCUGUAUCAAAAAUAGAGAGCAAACGUUACAGUCCUUUGAUCCUAAUUAAAUUCACCCCAUCCCUAGCGACUCUAGAACACUUAGAAAUAUUAAUUGAACAAUAUUUGGCCAGGUCGCGAACAACUCGAUGCAUCUUUGGUGAUACAAAUGUUCUGAUUAAGAUAAUUAACAAUUGAAAAUCAUCAGCGAAGGUGUGAGCCCAAUUCCAUUGUAUUUGUUUAAACAAUUACUCAAAUAUUCUGGAUUGGACUCAUCCCUUCGCAACAGAUUUUAUCACCUCUCGCUCACACCGGUACAAUUGGUUACACCGAAAGAAAAAAA